CACAAAAUCAGAUUUCUCCCAGACAAAUAUCCACAGUCCUGAUUCCUCCCCGGGACCCUUCUCCCUCUCGAUCAAUCUCCCGCAAUCCCCCAACUUCAAAGAACCAGACAGACAACUAAGACGUCUUCCCGGUUCGAUAACAGACACCAGAUCAAGAAAAAAAAAAACCGAAAAACAGUAAUAAUACCUUCGAUAUUUGUUGCUUGCUGGUGUUUGCUUCUAUUGAAGCUUUAGAACAUUGAUCAAUGGCUGGUCUAGCUUCAAUCUGCCCACACCGGUCUCCGCCGUCUUCUUCUUUAUGCUUGUCAUCGACGACUGCUCAUGACUAUGGAUCUUCCUGUUGUGUGGCACUUACAAGCCCAAUCGGAGGUUCGACUUUGAGACAGAGACCAGGGCAGAGACUGUAUUCACAACGUGUGCCCAUUGGGCUGAAGAUACAGAAUGCAGCAACAAAACCUGCAAAAUCUCCAGCUGAAGAGGAAUGGAAGGUCAAGAGGGAAUUGCUACUUCAGAAGAAGGUAAGAAGUGUGGAUGUGAAGGAAGCUUUGCGCCUUCAGCAGGAGAACAACUUUGUGAUUCUCGAUGUAAGGCCCGAAGCAGAAUUCAAGGAGGCUCACCCACCGGGUGCAAUUAAUGUACAAAUAUAUAGGCUUAUCAAAGAAUGGACGGCAUGGGACAUCGCCCGCCGUGCUGCUUUUGCCUUCUUUGGCAUCUUUUCAGGCACAGAAGAGAAUCCUGAAUUUCUCCAAAGUGUGGAAUCAAAAAUAAGUAAAGAUGCAAAGAUAAUUGUAGCUUGCUCAGCUGGUGGCACAAUGAAACCAUCCCAGAAUCUUCCUGAAGGACAACAGUCAAGAUCUCUUAUAGCAGCAUAUUUUCUCGUCCUCAAUGGCUACACAAAUGUCUUCCAUCUAGAAGGGGGCUUGAACACAUGGUUCAAAGAGGGAUUACCUGCAGUUUCAGAAGAAUGAAGUAUCAAAUUCGGCAGCCAUUUUUAGAGAUAGACUAAAUAGAUGAAGUUGGAAGAGGAUUCUCGUGGCACCAAAGAGAUCUCUUGUAUGAGCAUUCCAUAUCUUAAAAGAGUAGAAGAGUUGGUUGAUGUAUGUUCUCCUCAAGUAAUUGAAAAACCCACCUGUCUGAUAAUCGAACAGUCUAUGACCACA